AGUCGAAACAGUGAACGGGUGUCGGCGUGAACGCAUCUCUGGACAUUAAUAGGGAUUGUAAUAUUCUCCGCUCUCCGGCUUCUUUCCCCUGUAAUUUAUUCACUCCUGUCUAAGUCUGGUGUUGAUGAGCGAGCGCAGUAAUGUGAUGGCAGGGCUCACAGGCUGCACCGACCAAUCUGUACUUCACUGAAGCCAGUGCACCCACAUAGCCAAAACCUUGACAGAAUGGAUUUUGCCAACUGGACCGAGGGGGUGUUCUCCACAAGCACCAGUGAAUACGAGUCACUGGAGACCCCCGUCAUCCCCACCAGUAAAAUCCUGCUGACCCUCACUCUCUCCAUAGUGGCCAUCCUGACCACCUUCUUUAACUGCCUGGUCAUCACUGCUAUCGGCGUCACCCGCAAGCUCCAUCACCCGGCCAACUACCUCAUCUGCUCCUUAGCCGUGACUGACCUGUUCGUGGCAGUUCUUGUCAUGCCCUUCAGUAUUAUGUACAUCCAAAAGGAGCGCUGGGUCAUGGGUCAGGCGGUGUGCACAAUUUGGUUAAGUGUGGACAUUACCUGUUGCACAUGCUCAAUCCUACACCUAGCUGCGAUUGCUAUUGACCGAUACAGGGCGAUUACAGAUGCGGUGGAAUAUUCUCGUAAGCGCACCGGUGCACGAGCAGGAGCUAUGGUUGCUGUUGUUUGGCUUUUGUCUAUUCUCAUAUCACUUCCUCCAAUUUUGUGGCGCUACUACAGUGGUGACGCAGAGCACGAAGACCAGUGCAUAAUCACGCAUCACCACAUUACAUUUACAUUGUACACGACAUUCGGAGCAUUCUACAUACCUCUGCUACUGAUACUAAUACUGUACUAUAAGAUAUACCGUGCUGCCCAGACCUUGUAUAUGAGAAGGGAAGCAAGCAGGGCAAGUCGCCACUCAUGCAUGACCAAUGGGAGCAUGAUACCUUCAACUUACCCGGCAGGAGAGGGCGCUGGAGAGGUAGGAGCCCAAAGUCCGGAGCCAAUAAGCCCGGCAGAAAAGUCUAUCUCUGAACCAUCGACAGAGGAACCCCCGAGAGUGCGUGUUUCUGUCAAGGCUUCCCAUUUCAAAUCUCGCCGGCUGGAAUCACGAAGCGAAUCCAGAAACGAAUCAAGGCGGAGCCAGUCAUCCCAAGGACCAAGGAUCUCAGGAGCGAGGGAGCGCAAAGCAGCAUCCACGCUAGGGUUGAUCAUCGGAGCUUUUGUGAUUUGCUGGUUGCCGUUCUUCGUCAAGGAGGUAGUUGUCAACACAUGCAGCUCAUGCAGCAUUUCGAUGGAGAUGGAGGCGUUUUUGACAUGGCUGGGUUACAUCAAUUCCCUGAUCAAUCCUCUCAUCUACACCAUCUUCAAUGAGGACUUCAAAAAGGCUUUCCAAAGACUUAUUAGGUGCAGCCAUUAUCUCUGAUGGUUACAAUUAUACAUGGUCAUAUACGCUAUACAAUUUUCCUCUAGACAGGGCCACUCGCAAGGACAGACUAAUGGCAAAAUGGACAGAAAUUAUGGGUUGGAUCAUUUCUGAGAGAGUAUGAUCUCAUAAAGGAGAGGAUUGACACCCAUUUCUGGACACUUGAACAGCCCAAAUGGCAUCAGCUCGACACUAGCCAAUCCAAGUCCUUCUAUUAAUAGCAUAGCCUGAUCUCCUUGAUGUUAAUUGCUGUGUGUUGUGGCACACUGACAUGUUGGUUUUUAGAAAAUGGGGCCAUGGAUGACCUUUUCCGAGGUCUGCCUUCUGAGCUUUUGUCAUCAGCCACAUUUUAAGUCUUGAAAUAACUAAUACAUGUGACCCUGGUUAUGUACACCACACUGCUGAAUACAGGACAUCUGUAAAAUACACCACAAUAUAACAGAAUGUGAUGGGUGGGUGCAAUAUUUCAAAUAACUGUCAAUAUGAUGGUUAACGGUAUUUCAUUUGGUUUUGGCACAUACAUUUUUAUCAUUACAUUUUACAAGUUUAAUAUUUUUUUCAAAGGUUAAGUCUCGCAUUUUAUUAAACCUUAUCAAAGCACCAUGUGAAACUUUUCUACCAAGUAAUAGUGUCCUUGCAUCUCAAUAAAACUCUAAUAUUACACAGUAUGGUAUAACACUCAUCUAUCUCCAUGGGGAAUGUUCCGUAGUAUGGUUUAAACUUUCUGUUACCAUGGAAUCAUGCUGUAUCCAUUUAGUUAACAAGAUUGGCCAAUGUUACAAGAUCAAAUUACAAUCAAUGUAAUUCAUAUUUUUUGUAUAACUUCAGUAUUGAUUUUUACAAUAUAAUUAUGACUGAAUAAGCUUUAAAAUGUAAUACAUUGAUUUAUCUGAAUCCACCAAGUAACCAUCCUUCACUCCUACUCCUAUCAGCAUUAAUGACUGUGAAAGCCACCAGUGAGAGGUCCUCAUUACACAACUCCUACUCAUGUACUUGGAAUAGAAGUACUAUUUCUUUACUGCCUCUGAGAGGGCACAUAAAUGUUGAUGAAAACAUUGUGGCUGAGUCAAGUGUGAGGGUGUUUCUCUACAGAGAGAUGAAGAGUGCCAUUUAUACUGUGUACAUCUUUGACAGAUAUGAACAGUAUUUGUAAACUGUUGUUUUUUUUGUCUUUCUCCUGUUCGAAUAAUCAAUAAUAAACAAUUCACAUUUA